UAAUCAAAAAUUAAUGCUGUGUAAUUUAUGCUUUUUUGAUAUUAAGAUAUCGUACGUGUCAAAUGAAGAAUUUGAAAGACACCAGGGUCAACAUAUACAGAUAUCUGAAGUGAAACGCAUUAAAAUUUUACAAUCGGAUUGAAGAUGAAAAUGUUCGUGUAUGUGUUUGUGCCUACAGUUGCGUUUUUGCAUUUUGCAAAUUCUCAGCAACCAUGUCGUCAAUUUGAAAUGGCGACAGAUAAUUUACGAGAGGUGAUUAUAGGUCAGUGCGAGAUAUACCAACAAAAUAUCAAUCAGCCUAUCUUCUGUACAGAAGGAUUUCGAAAUUGCACCGAAAUCUGGGAAGCGUUUUCGGAAGCGUUUAAAUUUCAGCCACGAUGUAACGUAGAUUACCACAGACUAGAUAGAUAUUUCACUCUGACUGACCACAGUAUUCCAAAGGAUAAGUCACUGUUUUGGGAAAAUGUGUAUCCUUUUGUAAUUCGAUACAGUAACCGCGGAAGGAGAUUCUACGCCCUCUAUGACACAUUGCCUGGUUAUAUUGCCAAUGGACCACAGUGGUGCAGCAAUGAGAGUGAUACAACAGGUAUGUCUCCCCCGGGCACACUUUGUCCUGGGUGGGAAGCUACGCCCGACUGUCCACAGGGAGCGCAGAGGGCAUUUUGGAUUGCUGCUUCCAUAAACUAUGGCAGCCGAGCGAGUGGAGAAAUUUUCAUCUUGCUAAAUGCAACGUCGGAUCCUAUAUUUUCUAAUAACACGUACAAUGCUAUGUACGAAUUACCCAGCUUGAGAGAAAACGUUGUUACAAAAGCUACAGUUUUGCUUCUGAACGAACAUCCUAUUCAAGGCCAAACGAAAUGUGGUGAUCCAACCCUUGAUAUCAUAUCAAGUAAAGUGAAAGCAAAACGAAUAAAAUAUGAUUGUAUCGAAAAUAGAAGAGAUUUGGUAGAAACAUUCUGCUUUGAUUACCCGACGGCUGAUGUUUGCAAGAUUUUUGAUACAACAAGUUCGUCAUCUUUACCAGCCUCUGUUUUAUCAACAACCCUUGUGUCUGUGUUUAUAUCGCGUGUUAUAUUUAUAGAAUAGCCCGUGCAAAGUGAAAGACAUGAUGAAAUGAAAUAAAAUAAUAAUAUAUCACCCAUACAGUCUGAUUAAAGUUCAGAUCUACUUAUUUCUUACUACCUGAUGCGUAGCGUUAUUUAGAGACUGAUUUUAAUCGGAUUGAUCACCCAUAUGAACAUAUACAUGAAAUGUUAACUAGACUUUCUAAUGAUUUAAUACAAGCUCUCCGUGAUACUUCAUUUUUUCUUAAUUAUGAGUAAAAAUGUCCUCUUGGCAAAAUAUCUUGGAAUUUUAGUCUUUAGUAUAUGGACUUUUUAAGAAACAAAA